AUGUACACUAUGACAAGUGCUAUUAUAGCUGGUUCUUCAACUAAGCUCAAGACAGGAUUUGAACAGAUAAAAGAGUUUCUUUGCUCAGAAGAGAAGAAGAAGAUACUAGAUGCAUUUCAUAUGAUAUCCAAAAAAGGAAUUACUCAUAAAGAAAAGGCACAAAUCUUUCCACAGAUUCUUAGCUUAAUAGGAAAUACUUCAAUAGAAGUAAAGUCUCUUGCGUACUCUUUUAUUUUACGUACAGUUAGGUGUGACUCUUCUCUUUUAAUUCUUGCAGUAAACACUCUUAUGCAGGAAAUAAACUCAGAAGUGGAAUUAAGGGGGCCAGCUCCUGCUCUUAAAGCAUCGCUUGCCAUUGACUUUAUAUCAAAAAUAACUGAUCCAGAGUUUUUAAACCACUUCUCGUAUGAAAUAGAAAAGAGGUACAUUUCAGAAACAGAAAUCGUCAGAAAGUCUGCUUUGCUUGCUGCUCCUACAAUCUUCCGAGUGCUUGGCGAGACAAAAAUAGACCGUAUAAAGCAAUCCCUCCAUGAAAAAAGUGCCACAGUGCUUGGUGCAGCUAUUUCUGCAGUUAUAUCCAUAGAGAUGUACAAACCAUGCACAUUUAGCAGCGAAGAGAUUUCUCUCUGCUUUAAAACACUGUGUGUACACAGGCAGAACAUAGAAGAAGCGCACGGAAACUUCUUCUUCCUUUUCUCGCAAAUGUGUAGAAUUAUUCGCACACAUCCAUCCUCUGAUGUAGUUGAGACAGCAGCGCAGGUUUUGGAGUUUCUUCCACUGUGUGCUCUUAAAGAGAUGUCUGCUAUAAACCAAGGAGACCUUCCUCUAGCUGUGGUUGAGAAGAUUGCGAACUGUCUAAUAUGUUAUGUUGGAACAAGACACAAGACAGACGCACUUGAAUGCAUUCUUUUCCUUCUAAAGAACCAUAACAUUAAGCUUGAAACAGAUCCAUUUAUAUUGGCUCCUCAGGACACAAAGAAAGAGAAAGUGCAAAAGCUUUACAUCCUUUCUCUUUUAAACACCUCUGAGGCACAGGCAGAAAUAGUUGCUUGUGUCAGAGACCGCGAGUGUGUGUACCACUCAAUCACUCUUUUACUGGAGCUGGGUGUGCUUAAAGAAGAGCACAUUCGACUUGGUUUGCAGUACAGUCAGUCAUCUAUGCUAAAAGCAAUAUAUGCCAAGCAUCCAUUACCAGAGAAAUUCUCCUCCGUAAUAAGAAAUGCUCUGACUAAAAUGGAAAAUGUACUGGAAAAAGAGGCAUACCUUUUCUUAGCGGGAUACUACUUAAACACCAUCACAGAUGAAGCCAACCGAAUUCGUAGAAUACGCAGCUCUACUGGCGGUGUGCUGUAUGGCAGGCCUGAAGAGAGAGAGAAGGCUGAGGAGCACCUAGAGGAAUACAUGUACUUCCUUUUGAAUUUGCACACCCGCGGCAUUCUCUCUAAGCAAGACUGCACACAGCAGGCACAGACAGCCUUCGCAGAAGAAAUCUUCCUUUUUAACAAAUUCACACACUUAAUUGAUCUUCCUGACAGAAAGCAUCUGUUAGAGCUGAUUGCAUAUAAGCGAAUCCUGCACAAACUUCCAGACUUUGUGUAGGCCUGAAAACAAAUAGGAAGAGCACAAACCCCAG